AUGCCUCUUCUCGAGUGGGCCAUGGCUAGGACAUGGUUGCUGCUUUUCCUGGCUCUCAGGGGUCAGACUCUGCCCACAGGCAUGGCUGCCAUCCCCUUUCCUUCUCUGGCUCCACCCAUCACACUGCUGGUGGAUGGGAGGCAGCAGAUGCUGGUGGUCUGCCUGGUCCUUGAUGCAGCACCCCCUGGCCUGGACAGCCCCAUCUGGUUCUCAGCCGGCAAUGGCAGUGCACUCGACGCCUUCACCUAUGGGCCCUCCCCAGCACCGGACGGCAGCUGGACUAGCCUGGCCCAGCUUUCCUUGACCUCUGAAGAACUGGAAGCCUGGGAGUCCUUGGUCUGCCACGCCAGGCCUGGGGCUGGGAGCCAGAGCCGGAGCACACUCCCCCUCCAGCUGUCAGGAGAAGCUUCCACAGCCAGGACCUGCUCUCACGAACCUCUUAGGGGGACACUGGGUCAGUUCCUGCGGCUGAGUGCGCUGCGACUGCUUCUCUUCAAGCUGCUUCUGUCCGACGUGCUUCUGACCUGCAGCCGCCUCUGUGUGCUGGCUGGCCAGCACCCACUGCCGCCACCCCCACGCGGGUCCCUACGUCCCACCCACCGAAUUUGGACAUCGUAAUGAGAGACACAAGCUUUGGUCUUAUCCAACCCUCUGAGGUUCUUUGCUGAGCCACGUCAAGAUGGCGACGCUGGACACUCCUGCCGCCUGCAGCGGGGACACAAACCCUAGCUUCGAGGAGGCCGGCUGGGCCUGCAGCUCAGGACUGCCCACUUUGUUUCCUUACUCAAGUUGUGGAACUUUUUUUUUCCUGUAUGUGGUCGGCCUCUUCCUGUAAAUGGGGCUUUCUGGGACUGGGCUCUGCCUCCCUCACAGCCUGAGGUUCUGGGAGGAAAAGGACUGUGUCUCUCCCAUCAGCAGGGUAGGAAGGUGAGCAUGUGCCCCGGUGUGUGUAAUCAGGCACAAUACAGAA